AUGUGGAGCAGUCACCCUUGCUCGACUCAAAACGUCGCCUUUGCACAUGAGCUCAACGGCGGGGGUGAUGCCGCGCUGCGAGUAUGUAACACACCUCCACCGCAAGCCCGCGUCUCCAACACAUUGAUGGAGCGCAUGCAACGGUGGGAUUUCCUGAACCGGGAGCACUCUCUGUCAGCGCCCUUUUCCGCUGCGUCUCUUUGUAGUGGUGGAGGUGGCGGGACACACUCAUCGAACCCAAAGUUAGCCGCACCAUUAGAUGCAAGAACAGGGGGGUCGUCUGGUGUGUCCUCGUACCCCAUGGCGUUGGGGCAACUGCGUCAGGGUCAUGCAAGACCCAACGAGGUGCAGCGGCAGAGCACUGUAGAAGCUACUGCACCUGGCUUGAGUGACUCCCUGGACGUCCUUCGGAUGUAUUCACGCUACUGUGAGGGAGCGGAAGGAGUUUCUGCAGCGGGCGGCAAUCAAAACGACUUCAGAGAUAACAAAGGGAGCAUAAAUAAUAAUGGUUGCCGAUAUGCAAGGCCAAAUGAAAGUUUCGGCACUUCUGUCGUCACGGGGCCGGACAUCAAGAACAAAGCGGUGCCAGAGCCUCACACAAAAGUGAUUGGGCGAGAAAACAGUGUGAAACCCCGUCUUGUAGCACGGGGCCAGUUUCAAUCGUUGCUGCGUGCCAGAAAGGAACGGAGUGCUGUAACAGUACGACGAGGAGCGGCGGUAACCCAGCAAAAAGUGUACACAAGCGAGUCAGCUGUGGCCCGGCGGUGUGUCGGUGACGAUGCGCUGCGCCAGGCAAAUCCUCUUGUGCAGCCUUCGAUGGAGGCGCACUCGCGCUUGCAUGAGCUACAGGCGCGUAGUCAGCAGGGGAGAAUUGCGCCUGCCUCUAGUGGUGAGAUGGGUGAUACACCAGCGAGAAAGUCUGUGGUAACACGUCUCUCUCCUCUCCACACCGCGGAGAACUCGAGGCUGGAGGAGAUACGCCGAUACCUUGACAAGUACAGCGCCGACGGCAAUCGAGCGGCAGCGCGACCAUUGCCGCCUCUUCAGGAAGGGAGUAGCAGCAAAACACAAAAGCCCAUGAUAGAGAGGGCCAGUGCAGACAACAUGCAUACUUUUAGUGCUGCAUCCUUGACAGGGGCGAUGCAGGGGCACGACGCAGCAGCUGCUGCUGCCCCUGUGCAGAAUGGAGGUGGAAACACCCGGCUGUGUUCCUUGGGCACGAAGUCUGCGGCUGCAACAGGUUCAGCGUCUUUUUCCAGUCCCUGUAGAAAGCGCCUGCACGUUGUGCUAGAUACAUGCAGCGUACUACAAGCAACACCACAGACGCUUGAUAAAUUGCUGAAACACUGUGUGUUGUGCAUCCCGUUCGAUGUGAUUGCAGAGCUGGAUGCAUGGAAUAAGGGCAAAGGCGCUGUUCAGUGCACGAAGGGCAACAGCAGCAAACUGCGUUUCACGGCGCGCCAGAUUCGCAACUGGAUAGCCGCCACUUUGGAAAGAGGUGCCAAUCUUCGCAUUCAGCGACGAUGUGAAGUAGAUCCUUCGUAUGAUCGUAAGGCGACGACGAACGACGACUCGAUUUUGGGGUUUGCCGUCUACCUGGAGCACGAACACUUACCCGUGGAGUUCGUUACGGAGGAUAAGUUCCUCCGCGUGAAGGCUGUGUCGGAGCUAAUGGGAAAUGUCUACAACUUGAGUGAGUUGUUGGAACGUCACCGCUGGUGA